GUAAUAAAUUAUUGCAAUUAAUAUGCAAACUAUUAAUCAUAGAGUGUCUACCCAGCAUAGUGGCUCAAGAAGAUCGCUUCAUAGCCACAGGAGAAGUGUUCAUGAGAGGAUCCAGUCCCAUAGAGUUUCUAAAAGGAAUUCUCGUCAUAGCAUAAGCCAGAGUGGAAAAAUUAUGGUUCCAACUAAAGUUUCUGACUAUGACAACUAUCCAACCCCAAAAUACGUAGCCAAGCAUGAGACUAUCACAACCGUUAGUGGGAUGACUGAAAAGUCAAAUGGAAGCAGGACUUUUAAUAAGAACAAGACAUACCAAGAAAAGAUGUAUAAUGACAAGAGGAUGACUUAUACCUCAGGUAUGUUCAAUAAGACUGCCCAUACAUUUAACAGAACUUUGAGGGACAGGAAUACGUUCUUUUCUAUAUUCCCAAAUUACAGAAUCGCGAAAGAUCAAAAGAGAAGUACCAUGAAGUAUCAUUUCAUAUACCCCAGAAAAUCUAUUGAUGGAAGAGCCACUCAUAAUAUUGACAGAACCCAUACAAGGAAAAUGGACCCAAUGAAGAAGUACACAGAGGAGAUGCUCAAGAUCGCUUCAAUGAAGAGAGAGGUCAAGUAAACCAGUCAUUACUUAGUUGGAAUAGAGGAGAUAGCUUCAAAUAAAAUAUUGUUC